AUGGAAGCUAUAGUUAAGAAGGCUAUACAGCAAUUUUAUGAAGAAAAUAACAUCUUGCAGGAUUUUCAACAUGGCUUCCGGAGAGGACGUUCCUGCCUCUCAAAUCUGCUAGCUUGUCUGGAAAUCUGGACCAGGGCUCUAGAAGAGGGUUUUGAGGUCGAUGUCGUGUAUAUCGAUUUCCGCAAAGCUUUUGACACUAUCUCGAACCAACGUCUUCUUCACAAAUUGAACGCCAUCGGCAUCCGAAGAGAUCUUCUGAACUGGAUUAGGGCGUUUCUGGUUGGUCGGAAACAACGUGUCUGUAUCGGGGAUGAUAUGUCAGAAUGGGUGAAUGUGACCAGUGGUGUGCCGCAAGGCUCAGUUCUGGGACCAUUGCUCUUCAUCCUUUACGUUAACGACAGCCUUCAGGAACUCGAUUGCGGCAAAAUAAUGUUUGCAGACGAUGUUAAGCUCUGGCAAGUCAUUAAGGGUCUGAAUGAUCAGAGAUCCCUUCAAGAUAAUCUGCACCGACUGCAAGCGUGGUCGAAGAAAUGGCUUCUAGAUUUCAAUGUGGAGAAGUGUGCCGUCCUUUAUCUGCGUCCAACCAACUCUCAUUCAAAUGAAAGUCUGAGGACUUAUCACCUGAAAGAUAUAAGGCUCCCCGCAGAAUCUUCACAGAAGGAUCUCGGGGUUUGGAUACAGAACAAUCUGAAACCAACACUGCAGUGCCACAAGGCUGCAAAAACGUAA